AAGAUCUUGGACGAAAAGAAAAACAGAGAAAUUAAGAAAUCAGAAAAAAUGGUGUAUGCUUGCAACAAUCGCCCAUUUCUGACUAUAAAUAGAUCCGUCUCUUCCAUUUACAUUCACUCGAAAUUCAUCAACAGCAGAUUACAGUUCUGUGGAGACAUUUCAAAGCUAACCCAGAAGAAUCGUGCCGCUUCUGUUUCCAGAUUUCGUUCCAAAGCUGCAUUAUCUGUUUUGUGUUUUAAGGUUCAUUCAUGAGCUUUUGAGUUUAAUUUCUCAAUAAUCUCUACACAUUUGAAUUCCAAGUGCUGAAUCUGAUAUUGGGUAUUCGGGGAUUUCAGAGAAGCGAGCUAAAUUUACCUUUGAAGAAGCGGAGAGCAGAGGAAGUAGAAGAGAAGAUGACGAUCAAACCGGCAGUUCGCAUCGCCGAGAGGGAUCUAAUUGUGAAGGAUCGCACAAUCCUCACCGGAGUGCCUGACAAUGUCAUUGAGACUUCAGCUUCAUCCUCCGGUCCGGUGGAGGGGGUUUUCCUCGGUGCGGUAUUUGAUGAGGAAAAUAGCAGGCAGGUGGUACCCAUCGGAACUCUACGCGACGUCCGGUUCAUGGCUUGUUUCAGGUUUAAGUUAUGGUGGAUGGCCCAGAAGAUGGGAGAUCAGGGGAGGGAUAUUCCGCUGGAGACUCAAUUUCUUUUGGUUGAAACCAAAGAUGGGUCUCACCUUGAAUCAGACGACGGCAAUGAAGAAAACCAGAUUGUCUACACUGUUUUCCUUCCGUUAAUCGAAGGGCCAUUCCGCGGUUGUCUCCAAGGCAACGUGAAUGACGAGCUCGAGCUGUGUUUGGAAAGCGGCGAUGCAGAUACCAAGGCGUCGUCGUUUACUCACGCAGUGUAUAUCCAUGCCGGCAGCGACCCGUUCGAGACCAUCACGGAUGCAAUCAAAGCCGUGAAAUUACAUCUCAAAACAUUCCGUCAACGGCAUGAGAAGAAAUUGCCUGGAAUCCUGGACUACUUUGGUUGGUGCACAUGGGACGCGUUUUACCAGGAGGUUACCCAAGAAGGGGUAGAGGCUGGGCUCGAAUCUCUCGCCGCCGGUGGUAUCCCUCCGAAAUUCGUGAUCAUCGACGACGGCUGGCAAUCGGUCGGCGGAGACCCACAGGCGGAUUCAUCGAAUGAAAACGAUACGAAACAAGAGCCGUUGCUGAGGCUGACCGGGAUCAAAGAAAACGAUAAAUUCCAAAACAAGGAUGAUCCAUCGGUGGGGAUUAAGAACAUAGUCAACAUUGCAAAGCAGAAGCACGGGCUUAAGUACGUCUAUGUUUGGCACGCAAUCACAGGGUACUGGGGCGGGGUCCGACCCGACGUGAAGGAGAUGAAGGAAUACGGGUCAAAAAUCAAGUAUCCGAUGGUGUCGAAGAGUGUGGUGGAGAACGAGCCAACGUGGAAGACCGAUGCGAUUGCCGUGCAGGGGUUGGGACUGGUGAAUCCCAAGAGCGUGUUCAAGUUCUACGACGAGCUGCACAGUUAUCUCGCGUCGGCGGGUAUAGACGGAGUUAAGGUGGACGUACAAUGCAUUUUGGAAACCUUAGGGGCCGGUCUGGGUGGCCGAGUAGAGCUGACCCAACAGUAUCAUCAGGCCCUUGAUGCGUCCGUGGCACGGCAUUUCGCAGACAACGGCUGCAUUGCUUGCAUGAGCCACAAUACUGAUGCACUCUACUGCUCAAAACAAACGGCGGUGAUGAGGGCGUCGGACGAUUUCUACCCUCGCGAUCCGGUGUCCCAUACUAUUCACAUCGCAUCGGUGGCGUAUAACAGCGUGUUCAUUGGAGAGUUCAUGCAGCCAGAUUGGGACAUGUUCCACUCCCUCCAUCCAGCCGCCGAGUACCACGGAUCAGCACGCGCCAUUAGCGGUGGCCCUGUCUAUGUUAGUGAUGCCCCUGGGCGGCAUAACUUCGACAUUUUGAAGAAACUAGUCUUACCCGAUGGGUCAAUUCUCCGGGCCCGAUUGCCUGGACGACCCACCCGUGAUUGCUUGUUUACAGAUCCAGCCCGUGAUGGUGUUAGCUUGUUGAAAAUAUGGAACAUGAACAAAUACACGGGAGUGUUGGGCAUCUACAAUUGCCAAGGAGCAGCAUGGAACAGUGCAGCUAGGAAGAACACCUUCCACCAAACGAAGAGUGAAACCCUCACCGGCCACGUAAGGGGCCGUGACGUCCAUCUCAUUGCGGAGGCUGCCAUAGAUCCUAAUUGGGAUGGCAAUUGUGCCGUCUACUGCCACCGGACAGGUGAUCUCUUAACCCUCCCAUACAAUGCAGCAUUGCCAGUGUCUCUCAAAGUCCUCGAGCAUGAGAUCCUCACUGUAACACCUGUUAAGGUUCUGGCACCUGGAUUUAGCUUUGCACCCUUGGGCCUCAUCAACAUGUUCAAUUCUGGUGGUGCAAUUGAGGGGCUAGAAUAUGAGGUGAAAGGCGGAGCCAUGUUGUCUGAGGUUGAUGCAGAAUUUGAAGGUGAAAGCAGCCUACUUGGCAACGACACAGUGCAGAACCUCAGUGAUGCAUUGGUAGGAAAAGUAUGUAUGGAGAUCAAAGGCUGUGGAAUUUUUGGUGCAUAUUCAUCUAAGAAGCCAAGAAAGUGCAGCGUUGGAUCAAAUGAGGUUGAUUUCGAUUAUAAUUCGUCAUCUGAGCUGGUGAAAUUCAGUUUGGAUAAAUUGCCAGAGGAACAACAGAAAGUUCACAUUGUUGAAUUUGAGAUAUAAAUUUAGGGUAGUACUACAUUUAAUGAGGGAAAUUUAUCCCAUUUUGAUUUUACUAUCAGUUGUUCUAUGUAUUAGAGAUGGGGUCAUGAAAUUCCAAUAAAAUUUUUGUUUUCUUUUUAUGGAAAAAUAAAUUCAUGUUCUUAAUCUUGAGGCAAUAGUUUCCUGACACUGUCAUUAAGUAUGAAAGAAGAAUCAAGCAGUUAGAGAUAC